AUGAAUGAGACAGUUCGUUAUGCUACUUCAGUACCUUCGCCAACCACAACCCGCACCUAUGGGCUGCCAUAUUCUGAAGCUGUCAAGCACCUCACUACGAGCCCGGUGACAACGACAUGGGGUAACUGGCUGCCUGACCAGACAGUGAUCACUGCAAUGGACACAGACAACCCGUAUGGACAAGCAGCAUGGUCCUCGCUAUGGCAACAAGCCGGUCUCGAAAACUACACCACUACCGGUUUGUAUUCAACAACGGUCAGCCCAACGCUGGUUCCUAGGAGUGAGCUAGUCCUACCACCACGAGACUACUUCGGACCAACGGAUUGUUACAACUUCCCCAAAGACUUCAUAUUUGGCGUUGCAGGAAGCGCAAAUCAAGUAGAAGGUGCCAUUGGCUUGGAAGGCCGAAGCCCUACCAUCCUGGAAAAACUGGCAAAUGCUUCUCAGCCGAAGAAUUACGUGACGAACGAGAACUACUACCUGUACAAACAAGACAUUCAACGUCUGGCUUCCAUGGGCGUCAAAUACUACAGUUUCUCCAUCCCAUGGACGCGAAUUCUACCCUUCGUGCUCCCCGGCUCCCCCGUGAACGAACAGGGCAUCAAACACUAUGACGAUCUGAUUAACACCAUACUCGAUGCAGGGAUGUUGCCCAUUGUCACGUUGCUUCAUUUCGACAGUCCGCUAAUAUUCGUGGCCGGCGAAAACUCGUCCGCUCGUCCUGACUUUGGCCUCAGCAAUGGUGGCUAUCAGAACGAGACCUUCGUCGACGCCUUUGUCAACUACGCAAAGAUUGUUCUCACCCACUAUGCUGAUCGUGUUCCGAUUUGGGUCACAUUCAACGAGCCUUAUCUCUUCUCAUAUAAUUUCGCCGGCGCCGAUAACGUCGUGCAUGCUCACGCACAAGUGUACCAUUUCUACCGCGACGAGCUGAAGGCAACCGGGCAGAUGGGCAUCAAAUUGAGCGAUAACUUCGGGGUGCCCCUCGAUCCUCGCAAUUCCAGCGACGUCCUUGCGGCCAACCGAUUCCAAGAGAUCCAGCUAUGCCUCUACGCCAACCCUAUCUUCCUAGGAGAGCAGUAUCCGGAUUCGGUCCUGACCACUCUCCCCGGCGCCACGCCGAUCAGCGAGCAAGAUCUCUCGUACAUAGCCAACACCUCCGACUUCUUUGGUAUCGACCCGUACACUGCAACGGUAGUUUCCCAGCCCUCCGGAGGGAUUGAUACCUGCGCAAAAGACCACUCCGCAGAGAACUCCUUGUUCCCAUACUGCGUCGUGCAGGAGACAAAGAACGUCUACGGCUGGAAUAUCGGCUACCGCUCUCAUAGCUAUGUGUAUAUCACCCCAAUCUAUCUCCGAGAAUACCUCAACUACCUCUGGAACACUUUCCGAAAGCCGGUGUUCGUCAUGGAGUUCGGGUUCCCCGUGUCUCACGAGGCUGAUAAGGAGCUAUCGGAUCAGCUGUUCGACACCCCACGCAGUAUCUACUUUCUCUCCUUCAUGUCAGAGAUCCUGAAGGCCAUCCAUGAAGACGGGGUGCAUGUGAUGGGUGCUUUGGCUUGGUCGUGGACUGAUAAUUGGGAGUUUGGAGACUAUUCGCAGCAGUUUGGGCUGCAGGUGGUGAAUCGGGUGACGCAGCAGCGGUCCUUUAAGAAAAGUUUCUUUGAUCUGGUGGAUUUUGUGGGGGCAAGACUAUGA